GGUAAGUGGUUGUUGCAGUCGACUCCGAAUUCUCGAGAUCCUCAAAUAAUUUUAAGUAUACAAAAACUAAUUUAUUAGAGCCUUAGGUAUUAACUGUUAUUACAAUUCUUCCAGCACUAGGAAUAGGCAACUAUUAUUUAAUACCAAUAAAUAGUGGUGCAAUAAGGUUUAAAGUUAGAGGUGAAAUAUGCACACUCUGGCUUGUUGCUAGAGACAAACCUUUUAAAGAGAUAUAUAAGGUAAUUCCAAACAAUUAACUUACUUAUUAGCAUAAAUGUUAUUUAAAAUGUAUGAAGGAUAUUAUCAUUUUAUAUAAAUUACAGAUUCAAUUAAGUAUCUUGGAAUCUUAUGUCAAAUGUUGUGAAACUUCCAUUAGAAAGGGUUUUCAAACUGUUAAUAUGGUUAGUUACAAUUCAUUUAAAGAAAUAUGGUUAUCAUGGUACAACUGUAGAGUUUGCAUUGGUCAUCCAGAACAAGCAAGUUUAGUUGAGUUUGUAGCUGCAGAUAGAGAUAGCCACAAUAAAAUUGGUUAUAUUAAAUUUAACAAACCAGGCAUAGAUAAUGCUGUUGAAUGGAACUUUGAAGUGUCUCCAUAUUGUGCAAUACCAUUACAAUCUAGACAAAUUGAAGGUGGGAAAUUACAUUGGGUACAUAUGACCAGUGAUAAGUUACCACCAGAUGCAUUGAUAGGUGGAUUUGAUAAUGAACCUACAUAUAUUGCUAGAGCUUAUCAUAAUAAUUCAAUAUGCCCUGGACGAUUUAUACCAUCACAGCGUGUAGCAUUAAUCCCAUGGGGCUUUCAUGAACAUAGGAAACAACAUUUUGAGAUACUAUGUGGUUAUGAUGCUGUAUGGGUUCAGACUUCAGGGAAUGAUAUUCCCCUUAAUGCAUUUGUUGCUGGUUCAUCAGAAGUUGGUGGUGAACCAUUAUAUAUUGGUCGUGCUAUGAUAGAUAGUAAAUUAUUGACUGGUAAAGUUCAUGUACUGUAUAAAACCUGCUACUUGCCUUACGCAGGUAAAGAAAUAGAAGUGAACUCAUAUGAAGUGCUUGUGUCACCAUGUGUCCCUUUACAUGGUUAUAUUUAGUAAGUGUGAUACAGUCAAGUGAAGCUUAUACAAUUAUUAUAUUGAUUUUAAUUUUUAUUGUCACUUAAGUAAAUGAAAAUAAUAUAUCCAAUUUAUUUUUUAUAGGAAAGAAUUAUGCACAAAGUGUACUAUUUUUAUUAUAUUACGUUUAUGCAUAAUUAUAACCAGGUGCAUGCCUGUAGCUUUAGGCUAAAUCAAAAUAAUAAAAUUUUCAUAAUAAAUUUUUUAUUUUCAAUGGGAUUCAAUCCAGUAAUAUUUACAAAUCAAACGUCUUCAUUUGAUGCUUAUUAUACAAUACAGAUUAUUGUGUAUGUUCAAUAAAUAACUUUCCUAAAAUAAUAUUUAGUCAAAAAGCUCAAAUUCCGCAUUUUCUACUUCUGCAUCUUCAGCUUCAGACUCCGAAUUAGGAGCAUUGAGAUCAACAUAAAGUUGAAUGUCUAACAGUUUAUUUGCACAUCGUUGAUUUUCAAAGAAUGAUGUUAAAAUUUCAUACUUUUCUACUGCUAUCUCUCUACCAUCAUAUGGUAUGUAGCAGACUUGAUGUGAUGGUUGUACUUUUCCAGGCACAAGAUGUCCAUUGUAUAAUGCACGACCUACAUACAACUUUUCUCGUUUUCGGUCCUCAGAAUAACCACCUUCUACUGCUCCUACCGGUAUUUUGUUAUCACAGGUUGGUAUCCAUGUACAAUCAAACCCACAUAAGACCUAGAAAACAAUGCAAAAAGUAAUGUAAAUUAUUAAAUUUGUUGUAAAUUUAUAAAAUUUAAGGAUAGGCCGUCACCUCAAAUGCCAUCUUCUCAUGUGAUAAACCACCCCAUGCUAUAUAACCCACACCCUCAGAAGGUACAAAUUUCCCAGGAGUUAAAGAUCCACUGUGUCGUGCUCUAAUAAUAUAUAAAAUUUCAUUUUCAUAUCCACCAAUCAUAGAUCCAUCUGGUAGUUGAUUAUCAGCCUCCACCCAUUGAAGCUCCCCACCAGUAAUUGGUUUGAGUCUCGGUUUCUCUAUUAUUGGUGGCACUGAAUCAAAAGAGUAAUAAUUAAUGUCUGUUAACUGUCUCGGUCUUUUGCAGAAAAAUUACAAUUUCAUCAGAAUAAUCAAUUUAUUUGUAAUUUAAAAUGUUUCAAUACUUACAUUCAAAACGCCAAUGCACAGGAAUUGUAUUUUCCAUGUUACCAGAUCCUGAACAAAAUGUGAUAAAAUUCAGCUUCAUUUUAUAUUUAUAGGAUAUGAUAGGACUCCUGUUGUUAUAUCUUCCUAAUUGAAUGCAACCACUUCUCCAUGUAAGCCAGAAUUUCCGGUAUUCUGUAUUAUUAAUUAUAUUGGGGGUUUGUGCAGUAACUCCUUGACCCUCUUUAUCCUUUAUCCAUGUGUGAUUACUUUGUCCUAAAACAACCUAGUAAAACAGUUUAAUUUUAUAUUAACCUAAGUAUUUAAAUAUAAUAAAUGUAAGUAUAGACUGCAUAUUUACCCAUAAAUCACACGUUGGUCCUACAUUUUUCAACAAGCCGAUUGCUGCAUUGUUUUGACCCUUUACUUCAAAGAUCAAUCCACUGCUCGAUAUUUUGUAAAAAAUGUUUUUAUGGCUCGGCCAUGAAGUAAAUUCUUAAAACAAAGAGAAUAUUGGCUUAGCAAAUUAUUUAUAAAUUUAUUUAGAGUAAAUUUAAUCAUUCAUUAAUAUUCAAUAAAUGAAUUUAGUACUUACCUAUUAGAUCUCCCAUUAUAUUUAUGCGAUUCCAGUGAGAUUAAGAAAGCUAUAAAUUACUGAAAUUACCAAGUAGUGUACUUUUUUUUUCUU